AUGCUCUACUGGUACUUAAUAGGCUUGAUUCCAAUAGGAUAUAUUAUAGCGAGGUACAUAUGGGAGCUGUUCGAAAUCGAAGACUUCUCCAGGAAAGCAGUACUAAUCACUGGUUGUGAUUCAGGAUUUGGACGUGAACUGGCCCUACGGUGUAUCGAGAAGGGCUUUACCGUGUUCGCCGGUUGCCUAACCGAAAAGGGACAGGAAUCCUUGAAGAAAGAAUGCCCAUCGAAGAAAUUACACACCCUUCCAUUAGAUGUCGCAUCUGAUGAGAGUGUCGAGUCUGCGAGAAAAUAUGUUGACGAACAGCUGAAACUAGGACUCGAACUCUGGGGACUAGUCAAUAAUGCUGGAAUCUUCUCGUGUUAUGGUCCCGACGACUGGACGAAAGUGUCUGAUUAUAUAAAUGCUGCUCAAGUGAAUACCUUUGGCGUGAUUCGGGUUACACACGCAUUCAAGAAGUACAUAAAGCAGUCAGUUGGACGAAUUGUCACGGUUACAUCCGUAAAUGGACGAUUGUCGACGCCAACCGGUGGCCCAUACGUCGUGAGCAAGUAUGGCGCUGAAGCCUACAUGGACGCUAUUAGACAAGAACUUCACGUCAACGGCGUAAAGGUGAGCAUACUGGAGCCGGGCGUGUUUCGAACGCCGCUUCUCGAUGAACAAGCAAUGGUGAAUAGAAUUGAAAGUGUAUGGUCAAAACUGGACGAUGAAACCAAAGAAGAAUACGGAGAAUAUUACAAGACUUAUUUUGUGAACUUCUGGAACAACCUGUUUAUGAGCAUGAGCUCGACAAAGAACUCAUUAUGUGGUCGAUAA